CCGCCCCCCCACCUGUGUCUGUUUCCGUCUGAUCCCAGAUCAGCAGAUUUACAUGAAUCAUCCAACGUCACUCUUCAUGAGGCAGAAAUUUAAAUGUUAAAAAUAAAAAAGAGGAAACGUCCAGUUACAGUAACGACUCCGCUCCACUUUGGUCUCAGUUUCAGGAACUAGCUAACUGUUUCGUCCAAUCAGCUGCUUUUAUUUAUUUUACAAUGAGUCAGAGAGGAAGUACUGGAACCUGGACCAGAACCGAACCAGUGUCUGGUCUGAGUGGGUGAAGAAGAGAACAUCCUCCAACUCAAGUCAGAAACUGCACUGAAAAUACACCUCCUGAAGUACUACUGUAGUACAAGUACAAGUACAAGUACAAGUACAAGUAACCAGGAAUCAACGCUUUGAAAUGAGGAUCAAAGUCCAGGAUGAAUUAGGAUUCAUUUCCCACCGCUGACAGGUUCGUCAGUUUGACUGUGACGAUUAAGCUACACCACCUCUUUAUGGCCACAAGAGGGCAGCAGCACACUGCGGAGAUAUGCUAAUAAGAGGAGCAGUACAAUCAGAGGAAUUCAUCGUUGUUUCAAAAACCUACAGAAUCACGUGACGUGUUGUAUGAAGAUAUUGUUUCGAGUCCGUGAAGGCACCAGAGGAGGAUCUCUGACUGACGACUUCUUUUUUCAGCAGAGUUUUUACACUCGCUCUACAGUCGUUCCGGUUCUGGUCCCGGAUCUGGAUCUUCCUGGAAGUCGGACCUGGUCGAUCAGUCAUCGAUGGACUAGAGCAGACAUGGAACUUUCACGUGCGUUGACGGUGUGUGUGCUGUGUGUUCUUGUUCGAGCUGAAGUUUUGGAGAGGAAACACCACACCCAUCUGGACCAACAACACCACCACCUGGUUUCCAGUGGUAAUUCAGCCUCAGAUCUGUGUGGAAUAGAUCUGCAACUGUGCCGCGACCGGGACGCGCUCCUCAGCUUCGAUGCCAUCCGCAGCAUCCACAAGCUAAUGGACGACGACGCCGACGGGACGGUGGACGCCGCUGAGACGGACGAGUUCCUCAGGGAAGAUCUGAAGGAUCACGACCCCAGAACCAAACACAGCAGCUUCCACCGAGUGGAUCUGCACGUCAGUGUGGAGGACAUGUGGACGUCCUGGAAGAGCUCGCCAGUCUACAACUGGACCGUGGAGCAGGUGGAGGAGUGGCUGAUGGUCAGUGUGGAGCUGCCUCAGUACAAGGACACCUUCAGGAGACACCAGCUGGACGGAAGGUCUUUACCCAGGUUGGCCGUGAAGAACGUCACCCUCAGCCUCCAGGUUCUGAAGAUUCUGGACAGAAGUCAUUCUCAGAAACUGCAGCUCAAAGCUCUGGACAUCGUCCUGUUUGGGCCCCCCCCAGCUGGACAGCGGUGGUGGAAGGACCUCCUCCUCGCCGUCUCCGUCCUCGUGGCUCUGAGCGGAUGCUGCUUCGCUCUGCUGCAGAGACGCAGGUCCAAAGACGACGUGGACAAACUGAUGAAGGACCUGGAGUGUCUCCAUCGAGCCGAGCAGAGUCUGCUGGAGCUGCAGGAGAAACUUCAUCGAGCUCAGGAGGAGCAGCGCUGCGUUCAGGUGGAGAAGGUGAUGGUGGAGGCGGAGCUUAGAAAGGAAAUCAGUUCAGCCAAAGAAGAAGCAGAGCGCCUCCAACAGCUCAGAGCAGGAACUGAGAAUGAGAAGCUACAUCAGAAAUUCACCGAGGACGAACUGGAACAGGUACGCCUGGCUCUCAGAAGAACGGAGAAGGAGCUGGAGACGCGGGUCCCGUGGACGCCCCCUGAUGGUCUCCAGAAGUGGCUGCAGCUGACGCACGAGAUCGAAGUCCAGUACUACAACAUCAAGAAACAGAACGCUGAGAGACAACUGCUGCAGGCCAGAGACGGGGCAGAGAAAAUCAAGAAGAAGAAAAGUUCUCUGUUCGGGCCGUUCCACGUGGCCCACAGCUCCUCCCUGGACGACGUGGACCAUAAGAUCCUGUCGGCCAAGCAGGCGCUGGCCGAGGUCACGGCGGCGCUGCGGGAGAAGCUUCAGCGCUGGCAGCAGAUCGAGUUUCUGACCGGCUUCUGUUUGGUCAAUAAUCCUGGUCUGGGGGCGUUGGCCGCCGCCCUCAACCUGGACCCGUCCAUGCUGGGCUUGAGACCCCAGACCCCGCAGCACCUGCUCCUGUCUGACGACCUGGACGACAUGGACGAGGACAUCCUGUCUCCUGGGACACUUCAGUACGCAGCGUGGCAGAUGGACCGGCGACUCAGCGACCUGUGGCCCCUCGGUGGAAUCGCAGACAACCAGUCACCGUGGAAACAGUCCGUUCAAAGUUUGAUGCCCCUGCGACAGAGGACAGGAGACCCCGCUCCGACCUUCAGCUCUCAGAGGGACACCGUCCACGGCUCGGACUCCGACCCCUCCCUCGCUGCGUCUCCUGGCGAAUUAGGCGGCCCGUGCCCCCCCUCGUCCAGGCUCCACCCCCUCCAGGGUCAGAGGCUGAGGUACACAGUGGGAGCUGGGAACCUGGAGAAGAGUUCCAGCCUGGGGGAGCUGAGGUCCAGCCCCGCCUGUGCCCCCCCCCUGGGCUCCUCCAGCUCCACCCACUCUCUCUGUGGAACCACCGCGGGCUCUUUGUCCUCCGUCUCCUCCAGCUCGUCCAGUCGUGGACUGGCGUCCGGGACCAGUCCUACGGAGGAGGACGGUGAGACGAGCGCCACCCGCAGGAGACACGUGUUAAAAAAGAUCUUUAAGAAGAAAAAGGAACAUCAGUGAACGGAACAUGGAGAACCUGCUGCUCAAACCGUGGCUCACGGCACAACAAGGUGAUCACAUUCAGGGCGUCGAGAACUCGGCAGCGGCUGAAAACGUUUCAGGGACAUUUUUCACGCUAACCUCAGAUGACGAACAUAUCAAAGACCAAAAGGCUUCAAAUCUAUGAAAUGUAUCUUUACGCAGGUUCACCACAGUCACCAACGCUUUGGUUUAGUUUUUAUUUGGGACAAAAAAAAAAAAACAGAUUUUGUUCUGUGGAGGGUUAGAAAAAAGAAGAAAAGUUUUUACUUCCUUUAGUUUUAAAAUAUUUAAAGUAUUCUUAGCAGAAUUAAUAUAUAUGUAUAACUGUGUGCAUACAUAUAUAAAUGUCUCCUCAAGUGCCUUCUUUAUCAGAAUCCCAAGAAAAAAAAAAGAUUAUUUUUAAGUAAAAUUUAAAAAAUAUUUCCGUGUUUGGAAACUGCUUCUGUUUUUACUGCAUUUGUUUCAAAGCUGGUUUACAACGACACGCCUUCACUGGUCGUUCACACAGGAAGCUGUGGGUCAGGUGCAUGAUGGGAAAUGUUUGGUUAUCUUUAAAGGUUUGUUUUACAUGUUUUUAUCAGAGUGGAUUUUUAGACCUGACUGUCGGAGGGCGGGGGGAGUGGGGGGGGGGUUCUUUUACACCUGCACACAUUUCACAGGAAGUUGUUGAAUUUCAAAUGUCUAUUUUUGUCCUUCAACAAAUAAAGGCAAAUUUAUGGCGGGAAAA